UUUGUUUAUGAUGGAUGUAGUGUUGUGAUUGUUUCUCUUUAAAUAAGUUUGUGAUAGUUUUGUAGGAAUUAUUCGAAAUUUAAAAAUUAUGUUUAGUAAGAUUUUUCUUUAUCGGAUAUGCUUGUAGUUUUUAUUUCACAAGAAAAGGAAAUAUUCUUUAAGAAGUUUUGUGCAACAACUAAUCUUGUGCUUUAAUAAUUUUUUUAGAUAGUUUAACUGUUUUAAUAUAGAAGAACGUUUUUCUGCAAGAAAUGUAAUGAAGCAUUUCGUAUGAGUUUUCACUAUAGCUGAUGUACUUUGAGUAUUAAAAAUGUUUGCCUUACAUUUCUCUUGAUAGCAAUCUACAGGGAAAGCGGAAAAUGUUUUACAAAAUUGUUCACGAUAGUUAUAACAACUAAAAUUUUAGUUUUCUAUAACUUUAAAAAAGUUAAACCAGAUUAGAAAUGCCUGGUAACCAACCAACUACCACAUCUCCUCAUCUUUCAUCAUCUAGCCAAUCUAAGAGUUCCCUAGUUCGAUCUAAAAGUCUGAGGCUCCCUAUAUCUAAGCCAAAGACAGAGCAAGUACCUAGUACAUUGACUCGCCAUGGAAGUAUAAGAGGGCCUAGAAAUCAGUCAUCUACUUUGCAAAAUUCGAAAUCCUCACACCUGUCAGUUUUCAGAAAACCUUUGCUUAAGCCAAAGCCACAUAUAGGUAAUUCUAAGAGUAGUGAAAGUUUGGAGAAAUCUGUACACAAUACAGAUGGAGAAUUGAAGAAAACUGCUUGCAGAUCACCAAAUAAGCAUAUUGAUGGCAAGGGUGUGACCUUUACUGAUAUGCAUCCGACUCCAUCUGAUUCACCAACAAGUUUACAUAGUGAUAAAAGCCAGUCUCAAGAUGCUAAUUCUUGGUGUACAACUGAUUUAGUUGCUCAUCUCAGAAGGCUUGCAGAAGAACAUGAAAAGCUCCAGGUAGAGUAUGCCAGACUUAGAAUACAGUUAGUGGAAAAUGUUGCAUUUCAUCCUGUAUCCUUGUUGCGACGAGAUCAGCAACAUCUAUCUCAUUCAGAUUCGCAUUUGGCAUCAAUUCCUGAAAAUUGCUCAGAUAGCAGUGCUUCAGUAGAUGAAAGUCAACAGCAAGUUCAGGUGCAAGAAACUCUUAUCCAAAAUUACCGUAGUGAGAUUUUUAGGUUACAGGAAGAGAAUAGAAAAAUUCAGAGGAAGUACUGGGAGCAAGUUCUUAAUUCCGAACUGGUUGAAGAUGAAGCUUGCAAUGGUGCAUCACAGCAAGUUGUGGAUCUUAUAGACAAGCUAGAUGAAAAAGAGAAAG